CUAUCUAUACUCCACGCCUUAGUUCAUAUUCUUCAAUUUUACUAAUUGUGAUUUUAAGCUAACGUGAUAAAUUUAGAGCGCUAAUCGUUGAUCAAUAAAAAAAACGAUAGUUAUGAAUUUGUUAAAAAUGUUUACGAAGAGUUUUUAUGAUUAUAAUCUGAACGUGUGAAACUAAAAUGGUUUCGAAGCAGAUCAAUACACUAAUAAUGUAUCGAAUAUAAUUAUUUUUUAAAUAUGAUUUUAACAAACAAAUAUUGAAUGAUAGUGAGAAAAUGUUAAAUGACGCACAGGAAGAGUCGGCACAAAAUUCACAAUUGUUGCAAAAUUAUCGCAUAAAUAACCCAGAAGAUGUGAACAGUGCAUUAAUCGUUGUAGAACAUAAGGGAGUUUUGUGGACAUGUGCGUUAAGGAAAAUAUGUUUGACUGCCCUUUGGCUUCCAUUAGGCGCUUUAAUAUUUUGUUACGUGACAGCAUCUUUAUUCCAGUCAGAUGACAUACAUGAAACACACUGUAGGGUGUAUAAUGUAGUGCCAUCAAUAAGUGCAAUUACUGGGAUCAGCCCACAAAGGUAUAUUUGGAGGAUAUGUAUUGCCUACCACUUAGGACCAAGACUAUUGAUAGGAUCUCUAUAUUAUAACUAUCAUAAAGAGCGCACUGUGUUUAUAAGAGAUGAAGAGACUCGGACUUUGGCUUCGAAAUUGGGGGACGCAUGCUAUUGGUUGAAUUUAAUUGAACUGUUCGCCCUCACUGGUGUUACCUAUGUUUCAAAUAGAGAAAAUUAUUUUGUUCACGAGAAGAUAUUCAUAGUGUUCAUGGUGGCUUCCCUCUUGCACAUGUUAUGUAGAGCGCGUGUUGGAUGCAUCGCUAGUGAUGUGCUUGAGCCGGUGCGGACGAACCGACUAGUUUGGAAUCUAUUCUUCAUAGCAAUAGCUGCUACUAUUGGGCUCAUUAUUUUCUUCCUAAGACACCGUCUACUUUGCCGACCCCUCGCUUUUACGUGGUUCUCGGUUUGUGAAUACAUAUUGGCGACAACGAACAUGGCUUUCCACGCUAUCGUCGUGCGAGAUCUGCCUCUACAUGAAGUCAAAGUCAUCUGCCCUGAUCGGCACAAAACAAAUUAAUUUCCUAUAAGUAUAAGAUAUUAACUGAUUUACCGUACGUGUCAAAUAACUUUGUUGGUGCGAUAUUCAUGAAAUGUUUAUUAAAAGAUAAGUUAAGUUAUAGGCAAGAGACAUUUCUACCAGAACGAAGUUAUUUUAUAUGUACCAAAUACUUACUUGUAAAAAUCAUUGUUAUGCGUUACUAUUGUUUAUAUAAAUUGCACGUGUUGGUUGUUACUGUACUGCCUUUUAGUACUGCACUUGAUUUCUAUAAUACAGCAUACAAGAAAGUUAUAAUUCGGCCAUGUUAUACUUGAAUUAGUUAUUGAAUAUUUGCAGGACUAAAUACUUAUAGCCUAAAUGUGUAUUUACUACUUACAAAUUAUGUAAAUAAAUAUUUCGUUUGCUGAAAUAGUAUUUAUAACUAUGUACUUUACUGUAACGUAUAAGGCUAUUAGCAAAGAAUCGUACAAUCGUAAAAUGAACACUUCAUAAAAUGAGAUAAUAAUAUCACGUACUUAUAUUAUAGGUAUGUAUUUAUUUUUAUUUAUCGAUAAGUCACCGAGUAUUAUAUCAUUUAAACUCUUAGUAAGUACCUAUAUUAUUUUAUUAGGCCUUCCAUUUUUAUAUCGUUAUUCAGAGCUCCUGCUAGUAAAAAUGACAAGAAUACAGUACAAACUAGGUACCUACCUAUGUAUUAUUCCAUUCUUGUUUCAUUGUUAAAUAUUAAAUACUUACUUUAGAGUAUUAAUUAUUAUUUAAAAAAAUAU